CCCUCGCUCCCUGUCAGGCACAGACCAACACCGAAUCUCUAAAAAUGUUCCUGGGUGUGCUGCUGCUGCUGCCUCUGCUGGCCGAAGGGUUGUUCUUCAACAACCUCUUCUGCAACCUGCCUGAUGCCUCGACUGAGAGCCUCAACAUCACCACGGCAGAGAAGACGUGGUACACGCAGUACCAGUACAACAUCCCCGGUGCAUCGCUGCUCGGCUGUCUCGUUGUGACGCAGUCGCCGCGUGAGAGCAGCGACGAAAUGAACAUUAAUGGGACCUUCAGCAGGGUGCCACUUCUUCCUGUGAAUGCAGUCGGCAAAUUCACCGGCAACCGCAUGGAUACCGAAGUGGACGGCAUUUGGAACCUCCCGUUGAGCGGCCCGCAUAACGUCGUCUACACUGACGACGAGAUCUUCAUUGAACACCUCUGUGUGUCGGGAAUCGAGAAUUCCUUUAUUCUGACUACCGAAGAGACUCUCAGUGAGGAACUGGAGGCUAGGAUCUGGGAAAUCGUCGAGAAUCAUCCCGAGGUCAGCAAGUCGAAGUACGUGAAGACCGUCUGCUGAUGUCCCUACGAGUGAAACCUACGAAUAUACUAUUUGUGGCAAAUAAAUACUGAUUUCGGCAUAA